UUGACAAUUCCAAUCAUUGUUUUUGUGUGGGACGUGGGGAGACAUGGAUUUACGGUUUUUUCAGGAUUAAAUAAAUUGUAAAAUGGGCAAUGCUGACACAAAACUUAAUUUUAGGAAGGCGGUAGUGCAGCUAACGUCUAAGUCACAGGCGAUUGACGCAGCAGAUGACACCUUUUGGGAUCAGUUCUGGUCGGAGAGCGUGACCAACGUGCAGGAUGUGUUCGCGCUGGUGCCAGGAGCCGAGAUCCGCGCGCUGCGCGAGGAGUCGCCGAACAAUCUGGCAACGCUGGUAUAUAAGGCCGUGGAGAAGCUCGUGAAGACUGUGGACAGCAGCUGUAGGACACAAAGAGAACAGCAGACAGCUCUGAACUGUGCGCGGCUGCUGACACGAGUGUUGCCGUACAUGCUAGAAGAGCCGGACUGGCAGGGCUUCUUCUGGUCCUCGCUGCCAGCUGCGGCGGAGAACGAACAGUCAAUCCCCCUGGCUCAGUCACUCAUCAACGCUAUAUGUGAUCUCCUGUUCUGCCCAGACUUCACAGUGGUGAGCACCAAGCGGUCUGGCCCGGUGAGUAUUGAUUCUAUGAUAUCUAUUAAUCUUAUCACUCACUUGUUUCCCUCUGUUUUAUUAAAAAGAUAA